AUGUCUGUUGAUUUUUCAAUAACAAAUAAUGCAAUAGAUUUCAGUAGGUUGAUGAAUGAUGAGAUCAACAGUUAUAACCAACAAGCUCAAAGCUUGCUGAAGAAUGAUAUUAAUUCCACGUGUGAUUACCUGAAUGAGAAACUUGAUGAUCUUAUUCAAACCUUUAACACUACACUUCAAAUGAGAUUGAAUCAAAGUAUUGGUAUAACAACAAACCAAAUCAACAUUCAAAGCUUGCUGAACUCUUUGAAUUCAUCAAUUAUUGACUCAUUAUCUCAAGAUAAAGCAAAUAUCGAUAAUUUGAAAGCAACGUUGGAUAAAGCAGUAUAUGUUGGUGAUUCGGUUGAUACCUCCAAUUUAUCCUUAAAUUAUGACAGCAUUCAACAGUCUUUGCAAGCUGCGAUCAAUGAUCAACCAUCAGUGUACGAUAACACAUCCAUUGUGGAGUUGAAUAAUUCAAGUGGUGACAUAUUUAAACAACUUGAUGAAAUUUUCCAAAACGCCCUUGAUGAAAUUCAAAACUUUAAUACAACAAUUGAAACAAAUCAGACCUUUUAUAACUUACAAAUAACACCAAACUUAUUGAGUACGAAUAUAACAAACAACAAUUCAACAACAAACUCGUCACUUCCACCAAUUCAAUCCAAUGAAUUUGCAAAACAAUCCAAAAUCAAUCUAAUUACAAUAGGAAUCUUUCUCAUCAUUUCAUACAUCUUUAUAAUGAUUUAUCAAUACUUUAGAUUUCGAUAUCAGACCAAUUAUACAGCAUCAAGACUCAUAGAUCUAGAGAAAUCAGAUUCUAAAAUGGAUUAUAUUGGUGUUAUUCAGAGUACAAAUGAGCCCACUGUAACCAUGAUUACGGAUAUUCAAACAAGAUUGAUGACCAAGUCUAAACCUUCUGAAAAACUGUUUUGGACUAAUUCUUAUUUGUUUGGUGAUUCCGCAAAUUUGCCAUAUUUGUUUAUGAUGAUUUUCAUACUCUUGAUAUUGAUGUUGAGCUUAGGAAAGAUAAAAUGGGGAGUUACAAACGAUUCUGGGUCCACAGACAUUGCCUAUAGCAUUAUCAAGCAGUACAAUUUAACCCAAUUCAAUCAAUUCAAAGAUUUUGGGUUCAACGAUAGCAUAAUUGAUGAUUAUAAUUCCAAUAUUUAUGACAAAUUCCAAAACAUAACAAGCACAUUACAAGAUCUUUUCAAGACCCACAACAUCACAGCCAUACUCUCGCUAUCACCACCAAAUAUAACUCAUCAAAAUAUCACUCUAAAACCAUUCAAAUCAUCAUUGGAAACCAGUUCAUUAUUAACAAAUCUCAACAAUCUCAAUUUUGAAAUAAACACCAAAAUCAACACUUCAAGUAUCCAAACCCCCACCAUAAUUAGCACCGUUUUAACCACAAUUUCCACCACUUUCACUCACAUUAUCCAGAUAGCACUCAUUUCAACAUCCAUAGCCUUCUUUCUCAUCAUUUUCAUAGGAAUUUUAUACUCUUUUUUAGUAUAA